GCCGUUCUUGGGCUGCUGGAGUGUUGUUAAGUCAGUGGGAGCAGUCGGCGGGGCUUCGCAGAGACACUCUUUCUUCUUGCGGCUGAGCAGGGAUUUAACCAUCACCAUGUCGAGCAAAAGGGCAAAGACCAAGACCACCAAGAAGCGCCCUCAGCACGCAACAUCCAAUGUGUUCGCCAUGUUUGACCAGUCCCAGAUCCAAGAGUUCAAAGAGGCCUUCAACAUGAUCGACCAGAACCGGGAUGGCUUCAUCGACAAGGAAGACUUGCACAACAUGCUUGCUUCAAUGGGAAAAAAUCCAACUGAUGAAUACCUGGAUGCCAUGAUGAAUGAGGCCCCGGGCCCCAUCAGCUUCACCAUGUUCCUCACCAUGUUUGGAGAGAAGUUGAAUGGCACAGACCCCGAAGAUGUCAUCAGAAAUGCCUUCGCUUGCUUUGACGAGGAAGCAACGGGCACCAUCCAGGAGGAUUACCUGAGGGAACAGCUGACUACCAUGGGCGAUCGGUUCACAGAUGAGGAAGUGGAUGAGCUGUACAGGGAGGUCCCCAUUGACAAAAAGGGGAAUUUCAACUACAUCGAGUUCACACGCAUCCUCAAGUACAGAACAAAAGAAAAGGACCACUGAAGAGCUCCAAAUUCCAGCCAAAUGUUCCCUGUUGCCACUUGGGGUAU